AUGCAGUUCUCCAUCUUCGCCCUUGGCGCUCUCGCCGCCACAGCAAUGGCCUCUCCUCUGGCAAGGACUUCCGAUAUCGAGGCACGCUGCACCGAAUACUGCUCCAACAGCGCCGGCUGCGUAAGUCUCCAUUCAAGAUUUCCAUUCCUCCACCAAUCCCACUAACCCCUUCCCCUUCCCAGGUCUGCGUCGACUGGCCCUCGGACUGCACCGCCUUCUACACGGUCCAACCCGACGACACCUGCCUCACCAUCGCCAAAUCCUACUCCAACUUCACCGUCACCCAACUCUACCUCUGGAACCCGGACAUCGGCCAGACCUGCUUCGGCCUCCGCGCCUACGUCCCCGUCUGCAUCAACACCCCCGAAUACACCUACGUCCCGCCCGUGCAGCCCGCUUUUGGAACGCACUAUGCCCCCGACCAGACCCCGGUACCGGUGAUGCCGAAUAUCGUGAGUGACUGUGAGGAUUUCGAACUGGUCGCUCCCGGGACGACGGUGGAGGCGUUGGGGGCGGAGAAUGGGUUUACGGAUGACCAGUUUGCGGCGUGGAAUGGGAAUUCGACGACGGCUUGGGCGGCUUAUUGGGCUUGUGUGAAGGCUUGA